UAUAUGCUAGACACCAAAGCCCCCGCAACACUACACAUUUGUCAGACUCACUUGCAAUCUUCAUUUUCUUUUCUUUUUCCUUUUUUCUUUCUUAUCUAAACAUGUAAUUCUACUGCUACUCUUUGUUGAUUUUUCCUCAUAAUCUUCCGUUUCUUUAAUAUCCUCUUUCUCUCUUCGCAUACGUUAUAUGUGCAACUGCAACGUGAAAAAAAAUAAAGGCCAACAAGGAGCAGAACCGAAUCUGUGACUCUGUGCAUGCUCAUGCCUAGCCUAGGCGUACCAAAUCUUUAAAGCGCUAUCCCCCUUACGUUAAAAUCCCACAGGAUUUUCUUCUCUUUCUCCUUCUUCUUAUUGCUCUGUAUUCCAAUUACCAACUCCACCGCCUACCUCUUCUCUCCGCCGGUGUGCGCAUUUUUCUUAUUCUUCACUGCUUCUUCUUUCGUUUUUCUAUAAAAAAAACACUCAGCAAGUAGAAUUAGAAAAGAGAUCAAUAGAAUGGCGGCUACUAAUAAGCUUCUUUUGACUUUUGCUAUCUGUCGGUUGAUUGUAACCGUAGGGUUGACCUUGGACCCCGCGGAGCUUCUCCGGCUUGGUGUAGACGGUCAACUCAGUGUUGAUCCGUCUGACGUGGAAAUCGCUUCUCUUGAUUUCGGUUUGCUUAGCAGAGCCGAGCCGAUGGCGGUAUUGCACCCAGCUUCCGCUGAAGACAUAGCGCGGCUUGUUCGCGCUGCUUAUAAUUCGGCUCGUGGUUUUACAGUGUCUGCCAGGGGUCAUGGGCAUUCUAUAAACGGGCAGGCACAAACAAGUAAUGGAGUAGUGGUUGAGAUGAGCAGCGCCAGAAGAAGCCAGCUCGGCCGGGGGAAACCGGAUCCACCUCAGGUUUCUGCGAAGGAGAUGCAUGUAGACGUGUGGGGAGGAGAACUUUGGAUAGAUGUGUUAAGGAGCACACUAGAAUAUGGACUAGCACCAAAAUCGUGGACCGAUUACUUGUACCUUUCAGUAGGUGGUACCUUAUCAAAUGCAGGGAUAAGCGGGCAAGCUUUCAAUCACGGGCCUCAAAUUAGCAAUGUUCAUGAACUUGACGUCGUUACAGGCAAAGGUGAGAUCUUGACAUGCUCACAAGAACAAAACUCAGAGCUGUUUCAUGCCGUUCUUGGUGGUCUGGGCCAAUUUGGUAUUAUCACUAGAGCCAGAAUUGCUCUUGGACCAGCACCUCAAAGGGUGAGGUGGAUCAGAGUACUCUACUCUAGCUUUUCGUCUUUUACCACUGACCAAGAGUAUCUCAUUUCCCUCUACGGAAACCCAUCUACCCAAAAAUUCGAUUAUGUUGAGGGUUUUGUUAUUGUGGAUGAAGGUCUCAUUAAUAACUGGAGGUCCUCUUUCUUCUCCCCUCGCAAUCCUGUUAAAAUUUCUUCUAUUGAUGCUAAUGGAGGCGUUCUUUACUGCUUGGAGAUCACCAAGAACUACGAUGAUUCUACACUCGACAACAUUGACCAGGAAGUAGAAUCAUUGUUAAAGAAGCUGAAUUUUAUCCCGUCAUCAGUGUUCACGACAGAUUUGCCUUAUGUGGAUUUCUUGGACAGAGUUCAUAAGGCGGAAUUGAAGCUGAGGUCUAAGGGUUUAUGGGACGUACCACACCCUUGGCUCAACCUAUUUGUCCCCAAAUCAAGAAUCGCUGAUUUUGAUAAUGGAGUCUUCAAGGGCAUUUUGGGAAAUAAAACAAGUGGCCCAAUUCUCAUUUACCCCAUGAACAGAAACAAAUGGGACCAAAGGACCUCCGUGGUUACACCAGAUGAGGACGUGUUUUAUUUAGUGGCGUUACUAAGAUCAGCUCUCGACAAUGGGGAGGACACCCAGACUUUGGACUACCUCAGCAAUCAGAACCGUCAGAUUCUCAGAUUCUGUGAUGAUGCAGGGAUCAACGUCAAACAGUAUUUACCUCACUACACUACGGAGAAGGAUUGGGUGGACCACUUUGGAGAUAAGUGGUCCCAGUUUUACCGCAACAAGAUGGAAUUUGACCCCCGGCGCAUUUUAGCAACCGGCCAACGUAUUUUCAUGCCCUCAUUCGCUUCUCCUUCUACUUCUCCUAAUACGGUGGCCACGUGGUGAUGACACGCACAUAUACAUAUUUUUCGCUUACAGUACACCACACCACACAGUAGUAUACUGACUUAGGAAGAAUAUUCUUGUACAUAAUAGUAAAAUGGGAAUCCGAGAAAUAGUUUCUGUUCUUAAGUAAUAAUAUUGUUAUUAUUAUUGUGGAUUGAUUUAUUAGAAGAGAUAAAAAAACAAAGGGGAUGGGUUUUUGGCCUUCUGGAGUUGGUCGUUAUUUAGAUUGGUGCAAUUAAAAAUUGUACGGUAGAGGAUAGAAAGAGGGGUGGGUCCAGAGAUGAUGGAGAGCACAUGUCAUGUUGUUGAAUGCAGCACAUCCCAUCCCAUCCCGUGAUCCCGACCGUUUGUCUGGAACUUACAUACACAGCUCGCCAGUCCACUACAAUGGUUCCAGUUCCAACCACCUAGCUUUGCUGGUUUACUGUUUUUAACCCUAUUAGUUAGCUUUAAUAGCUACUUCUUAACAACCAUGUAAUUUUGUUACACUGAAAUAUUAUUUUGUAAUUUUAAGAUAUUUUUAUAACCAGUAGUAUUAAAAUCUCCUUGUAAAUGUGCCCUCCAA